GCCCGCAGCCGCCGCCGCGCCGAUGCCACGUGGGAGGCGGCGGAGCCGCCGUCGGCGCCGGGCCGGAACCGCGGCCCCCUUAACGCUGGGGACGGCGCUCGCCGGGCGCCGCGAGGAAGGGAGGUCGCGGAGCCCCCGGGACCGCUGCGGCAUCGCCGAGACCCGAUGGGUGCUCGGCGCCGUGGCGCCCGGCUCGCGGCUCGGCCUCCCGGGCCUGGAGGCGCUGGCGGCGGGGCCUCGGGGCGGCUCCCCGCCCUGGGCGGCGCCGCCGCUGCUGCAGGUGCCGGCGGCGGCUCCGCGGCGGGACGGCUCCGAGCCUCCCGCCGGCGCGCCCGCCGCCCUGGCCGUGCUGCGGCUCCAGCCCGGCGCGGAGGGCUCUGCGCGGGCGGCGGGGGCCACGCCGCGGCUGCGCACGGUCUACGUGAACCCGCGGUGGCUGGAGCGCCAGGCCGCGCUGGGAGCCGCGGCGGCGGCGGCGGCGACUGCCAGCCCCUGCGCGGAGGCGGCCUCGGCGGGGCCGGCGGCGGCGCAGGCCGAGUCGGAGGCGCCCGCCACCCCCUAUGUGGGGCUGCGGCGGCCGCUGGGCUACAAGCUGGCCAAGGCGACGAAGGAGCGGAUCUGGCGGGGGGAGUUCAUUGACCUGUUUUCCUUGCUCCACACAGAGCUGGCCCCCGAGCACGGCCCGCGCCCGGGGGACACGCUGGACCAGUGGGUCUCGGCCUUCCUGGUGUACGCCAGCGUGCUGUGUGAGAAGCACCCGGCGCGCUGCGGGGCCAUGUUCAAGUACCUGGACACCAUCCGCAAGCUGCACGCCACCUACGGGGGCACCUCGUGGAGGAGCUACGACGAGGACUUUCGGCGGCGGGCGGCCAAGGACCCCAACCUGCCCUGGGGGGACGUCGACCUCGACCUCUGGAUGAAGUGGAUGGCGCCCCUCAAGUCGCUCAUCAGCAGGCAUGAUGAGGACGAGACGGAGGCCUCGCCGGCCACACCACCGCCACCCCAGUCACAGAGCCCCAAGAAGGAGGAGAAGAGCCAGACUCCAUGAGAACAGAAGGCCAGUUGGGAUUGUAGUCAGACUAAGUGGCCUGACUCCGUUGGUGUUUAAGUGGAGCUCUGGUAUUCUAGUGCAUUCUUUUACCUCUGCUUCUGUUGCGUUGCAAGCUGUGCUAGAGAAGACGUAGGAAAUUCAUUUUACCCAAUCAGCAAUUGUAACAAUGGACUACAAACCUGCAGAGCAAGCCAGUUUGCUGGAAAACAGGAAUUCCUGCAGCGCAGCACUUGUCACAGACUAUCCAAAGAGGGCAAAGAUUCAGGAAGGUGAAUAAAUUGAACAUUGGUUGAAUGAGGUCAGGAACAAUCUCCUGGAGGAGAACCCUGCCCUAAAAUACUACUUUGAAAGUAUAACCAAUUCAAUGUGCAGAUUAAGCCUUCUCGUUUGAGGAAACUUAUGUACAAUCCUGGAUCUUUGCAGAUCACAACCGGACACUUCAAAAACCUAUGUACUAUAUUUGUUUUUAAAAAAAUAAAUCAUAACUUGUCUUGCCACAGCUGUUACUUUUACCAUUUCAUUGAGAGUAUCUGCAACAUAAAUGUGUAUUUGACUUGAAACAGUAUCAUACACUUGGUAUAAUUAAUAACUCAGGUUGUCAACAGAAUUAUUGUGAGGCUCAAUAUUGCCUCUCCAUUCUUCUCUGAAAAAUGCAUUAAUCAUUGUUGUCAUUGCCAGAAAUCAGUUACAGCUCAAUUGUGCAUUACAAAAUUCUUGAUCAAAUAUAAUAAUUGACCUAAAUUAUUAUUAUUCUAUUUUUAUCCUUGUAGAAUUCUUAGGAUCAUGAGCAUCAGACUAGAUCUUUGUAGUCUGGUGUUCACGAAAAUCAUAUUCACUGGUUCACGGUUUAAUCAUUCUACAUCUCAGUAUUUUGUUUUCUUUUCCUUUUCCCUUGCAUACUAGGGAGUAUGAUCAAGGUAAUAAGUAUGAUCCAGUAGCGCACAUGAUGGUAAGGGCGUACGUUUAGUUGUUUCAGGAAAAGGCUGCCAUUAUCUGCUCUUCUUUACCUUUCUUGGUAGUUUCAAUAAUGUGCAUAACAUGAAGUGUCUGUAAAGAUAUGGAACUGUUUGUGACUUCACCUAAAUAAAUUUUUAUAUAUAAAUGCUGU